AUGAAGCGUUGUGAAGAGGAUACCAGUUCCCUGAUGGAGAAAAAGGCAUUGGAGAAGAAACGCAAUUGUUGUGCCGCUCUGUGUAACAGUAUAGAUAAUGAUCUGCUAGUUGCUAAAACAUUCUACUUCUUUUUUUUCGCUGCUUUCGGAUCGUUGUUUCCUCUUCUUGCCGUUUAUUUUAAACAAUUGGGGAUGACUGCGACACAGAGUGGUAUUCUGAUUGGCUUGCGACCGUUUGUCGAGUUCUGCGCGGCACCAAUGUGGGGUGGAUUUGCAGACAAAUACCGAAAAGCGAAAGUUGUGAUGCUUUUAGCGGUUGUUGCUUGGAUAGUUUUUACUGAAGCUUUAGCGUUCGUACAACCAGCGGCUCAGUCUUGUGUCGUUACGGUCGAAAACUCAAACGAUACUAAUACUUUAACUGACGAUGAUAACAUUGUGAGUCUUAAUUUAGAACUGUCUGUGCGUCAGACGCGAACUUCUGAAACAUGGAAUUCAGGAAGAAGAUUUCCUCGGGAUUCAGAAAAUUCGACUUUAUUUAAUAAAACAGUAACACCAAUUGCAUUACAAGAUGUAUUGGACGCAAAUUCAUUAAUCAAACCACCAACGAGUUCCAUCGUGUACAGCGAGGAUGACGUCAGACAAGUGUUUCUUGUUUUAAUGAUGCUUGUCAUUGUAGGUGAGUUUUUUAGUGCUCCGGCGAUAACGUUAGUGGAUUCAGCAACGUUGGGAUAUUUAGGUUUACAGCGGAUUGAGUAUUACGGCCGACAGCGAAUGUUUGGAUCGAUCGGAUGGGGCCUUGCAAUGCUCUUUGUCGGAUUGGGUUUAGAUUUGAUGGAGGUCAUACCGGAUCAUCCGUGCGGGCAACUUGACGAAAGUGAGAAGAAUUACAUCAUCUGCUUUGGAAUAUACGCUGUAUUGAUGAGUUGUGCGUUCAUAACGGCAACGCAGCUGGAGUUCAAAUAUCAUUGCAACGAUGACGACAAACAACUUACAAAUUACACUCAUUUAGCUGACUCCUCUCCUGAGGCAGCGAACGAUGGAAAUAUCAUUGAAGAGGCGACAAUAAGUGGUCAUAUUAGAAAGGAUGAAAAAUUAACCGAGGUUGUUAAACCGAAUAACAAUACGAGUAAAGAGACAGAGUCGCAGGAAUUAAUUGCAUGCGAGCAGCGAAACGAGGUCCGAAAUGAUGACACUGAUUGGGUGGAUGUUUUUCGACUAUUUGCGACCGUGAGAUAUGCCUCGGUACUGUAUAUCGCGUGGUUUACUGGUUUCUGUAUGGGACUUCUUUUUACGUUUCUCUACUGGCAUUUACAAGAUAUUGGAGGCACACCAACGUUAUUCGGGAUAUGUUCCAUUGUCAAUCAUAUUUCCGAAGUUAUUACAUAUUUUAUAAGUUAUAAAAUAAUUAAAGUGUUAGGACACAUUACCUGUCUGUAUAUUGGUCUCGGCUGUUAUACGGUUAGGUUUCUCUACAUCUCAUUUCUGGUGGAGCCUUGGUUCGUAUUACCAGCUGAAAUGUUACAAGGUGUAACACAUGCCCUUGUGUGGGCAUCCCUCACCAGUUAUAUUGGGCAAGCAGUGAGUCCUAAUCUCCGUUCCUCAGCCCAGGGUAUAUUACAAGGCAUACACCAUGGUCUUGGUAGAGGGUGUGGGGCUAUACUAGGUGGCAUACUGGUACAUCAAGUCGGCACCGAGACAACUUUCAGGGCUGUAGGUGCAUCCAGUCUAGCCAUCUUAGUAUUUUUUGGAUAUAUUCAAUGGAUGAUAAAAGCACCGUCAGAUGAAGAAAAUGAAUUGUCUCAAAAACUAGUCAGCGACUCUGCUCCUGUUGCUCCUGCUGGUGUACCAGCUGAUCCUUUUCAACCAACUCUGGAAACUAAAGAUGGUGUAUUGGGACACUAUGGUAGUAUACUUGAUAAUGGUAUAUCAGAUGCUGAAACAGAACAUUCACUUUUUACAACAAUCAAAACAUUAUUCAGAACAAGAAAAAAAGCUGUGGCAAAAGAAUUGGAAUUUAAAGAUAUCAACAAGUUAGGUUUUUAG